CCCGUCGCUGUCAAACAGAGCGUUCACUUGUUCAGCAUGAGUUUGUUUUGUUUCGGUUUUUCUUAAAAUUUCCGAGUUUAUUACAAAAUCAGCAAACGUUCCCUGUUAAAGCAAAGCAGUAGCAUAUCACAACACCACGCAAUGUUUCUCCAUCGAACCGGUGCUUGCUUGCUACGCCCUUCCCGUGGGUCGAUUCCUCUCGGUUGUCAGCUGGCAACGGCUGUAUCUGCUUCCCCGGCAAGCUCAGAAGAUUUGCGCACCAUCGAAAACGAUCCGGCCAAACACAACAAAUCACAUCUCUCCCGUUUCUACACCAUCCCGGUGGAUGUUCGGAAACAGAUAUUCACCCACGGUGGCCUACCGAAGUCUUUUGAGCGGCAAAUACAAACCUUCAACGAAAGCUGCCUGAUGAUUCGACAGCCGGCCGUCGAUUUGAUCGGCUAUUUGCAAAAGACAGACUUUUCUCGACCGGCCAACAGAUUUGUGCUCUAUGGAAACGACGGUGUUGGAAAAUCACUGGUGUUGGCACAUUUGCUACACUAUGGCUUCAGUCAGGAAUUUGUGCUUGUACAUGUACCGUGGGUAGCGAACUGGAUGAAACGUGCUAAGGAGACUGCAAAUUCUAGUACUCACGAAGGUUUGUUGGAUCUUCCACUGGAUGGUGCGGCUUGGUUGGUGCAUUUCAAGCACCAGAAUGCUAAACUGCUGGCCAAAUUACAGCUGAAAGUAAGUCGGGAGUAUGUUUGGAGUAAACGCGAAAUAACACCCGCAGGGGCACCAAUCCUGGAGCUCGUUGAUCACGGCAUUAACCGGGCAAAAUUUUCCUGUGAUGCCAUCGCUGCCUUGCUUCAAGAGCUGAAAGAGCAAUCGACCGAUGGGAAAGUGCGAACAAUGGUGGCCAUCGAUGGAUUCAAUGCCUUUUUCCAUCCACAUACAAGAAUUUUUACAGAUAAUAAGGUACGAGUGAUGCCCGACAAACUUACACUGACGAAACCGUUUCUGGACAUUACCAACUAUAACUGGUCCAAUGGAGUUUGCAUUCUGACUGUGGAUCGAAUGGCUUUGACCGAGGACCGCAUGGAAUCGGAACUGCCGCUGUAUCUGCUGCGGCGGGAAGGCUUCGAACAUUUGGACCCGUUUGUUCCGGUUCGGGUCGAUAACUAUUCGGAGGAGGAACAUUACAGUUGUGUGCAGUACUAUCUGAACCGGAAGUGGAUCCAAACGACGGAAGCCGGUUUCGACAAAGAGCUCAAGUUCCUCAGCGGACAGAACCCGUACAAGCUGAUGCAGCUGUGCGCGAGUGUGUAGAUUCGGUGCGAUUAAGACAUAGGCAAUAAAUCGUUUUAGAUUGAAUAAGUA